AUGGUGUAUCACAAGUUAGAAAAAAUGAAUUUCAAUAUUGUGAUUUUCCUGCUGAUCAACUACUAUGUCAGCGGCAUCGUCGCUGAAAAUUGUGAAGUGGUUACUGCUACUGCUGAAGCAAAGAGCUUCGUUAUAAAGAACAAUAUCACUGGCUGUCAGUACCGUGUCACAUCGGAUUCUAGCAAACCGUUGAAAGUAUUUGUCAACGCGACAAGUGGAACCGACUGUGUGAAGGUGACAAGUGGAGAUAAAUCAGAAAUGCUCUGCUCAACAGGUGCAAUGACUGAAUUCAAAUCCAGCUCGUCGAUUGAUGUGAGUGCGGAUUCAGUCACGACCACCACUACAACACCCCCGACGACGGUGACAACCACACCUACGACAGCUCCGCCUCUACCAAACCCAGGUGAAAUGGGUGAGAAAAAAGACAAGGAGGGGACAAAAUCCGGGACAGCAGGAGGACCAUCAAAGGAAGAAUCUCAGAGAGGUGGCGAAAGAGAAGAGGAAACGGAUGAAGGAAAAGCUGAAUCAGAAGACCUGCAGAGUCAAGCUGGUCCUGCUGCUGUUAAGCAGUUAAUUAGGCAAACCAGAGACACUUCAAGAAACGCUGGAUCCAACGAAGUAACUGUCUACUACAUGCUGGGUGAGUGUUGA